CUUAUGGUCCUGUUUCUGAUAAUGCUGGUGGAAUUGCAGAAAUGGUUGGAUAUUCAUAAGAUGUUAGACACAGAAUAGAUUAACUUGAUGCUGCUGGUAAUUGCACUGCAGCCAUUGGAAAGGGAUUUGCUAUUGGAUCAGCUGCAUUAGUGGCUUUCUCUUUAUAUGGUGCUUUAUUACUUGGGCAUCUAACUCUCUCAAUAAACAUCCACUAACAGAUUUAGGAGUCAAUUCUCCUUUAAUAUUUUCAGGUCUCUUAAUUGGAGCUAUGAU